AUGUUGCGGAGGUGUUGUUCUUUGUGCGGGCAGUUCGCGACUCGUGAACCGGGGCAACAAGAAUCGAGAUCAGACAUGUUGAGCGCUGAUCAGGUGCUGCGUCGGCAGGUCGCGACUCGUGAGCCGGGGCAACAAGAAUCGAGAUCAGACAUGUUGAGCGCUGAUCAGGUGCUGCGUCGGCAGGUCGCGACUCGUGAACCAGGGCAACAAGAAUCGAGAUCAGACAUGUUGAGCGCUGAUCAGGUGCUGCGUCGGCAGGUCGCGACUCGUGAACGGGGGCAACACGAAUCGAGAUCAGACAUGUUGAGCGCCGAUCAGGUGCUGCGUCGGCAGGUCGCGACUCAUGAGCCAGAUCAACACAGAUCGAGAUCAGACAUGUUGAGCGCCGAUCAGGUCGCGACUCAUGAGCCGGGGCAACAGGACGGGGAGUCCAUGGAUGAGCAAGUUGAGCGCAAGGCAGCGGCGAAGAUGCUCCUGGCUUGUCGUGCUAGGUGGCACGAUGUCAGCUUCGGCGACGUCAUCAUCUUCAGACAAGAGAAUCCACUUCAUUACGGACAUUUUGGGCUUGUGUUGGAGCCGCCCGAAAUGAACCCGGCGGGUUUUUUUGAGGCAAUCACUGGUCUGAAGUACAUGGAGAGUUCUUCAAAUGAGGAUUGCCCGACAUGGAAUUAUGUCUUCGUGGACAUGGUGGAGCUGAAGCAGAUUGGACAGCUGGAUGACAACGACCGCUUUAGUGCAACUACUCCGUCCACGGUGGAAAUCUGGCAAGCGCCGCAGUGGCUGCGUGAAAACUUCAGCGAACAGCUGGCAAACAAGGUCAUCGAUGAUAUGAUGGACUCGAUGGGCCCGUGGAGCUGGGCGACCCUGUGCUGCGCGAUCGCUUCCCCUUGUCCUUGUUGCAAUGAGGCCUCGCCGCGUUCAGCCUUGGCAUCAUCGUCAACCGAGCCCAUAUGCACAUCGCUUCCAGUAAAAUUUUGGCAGAUGUACAUGGAAAGACAUCUCCAGCAGGUCCCGGACUGUCCUCUCACGAGGGCCUUGCCAUGUCGCUUGUUGCCGGCGCACACUCGAGAUGUGUUCGAAGGGUCUGGCUUCAGGAAGCUUGUGACAGUUAUAGAUUCUGAAACGCCGUAG